AUGUGCGCAGAUCAACGUCGAUCGGUCAACGAUGUGCCCGUGUUCGUGGCGCAGGCCGUGUCAUCGUGGGGUGACCUGCAACCCCUCCGCGCCAGGAUGUCCCAAAAGAGCAAGGUCGCGUCUAAGACGUCGGGGAGCACUAAGGCGCCCGUCCCUGCACCUCGAAAAGCCGUGCAGACCGUCGCCACGAAAGGCCGAAGUCCAAGCGUCGACAAGAAGAAGGCCAGCAUGACUCAGCAGGAUUCUAACAAGGCGGCGCCGUCGUCCACCAGGAGUCCCUCGCAGCCACCGGACCCCAAACGAACCCGUGACGUUUCGAGGCACCGAGAAACGAAUCGGCAAGAACGGCAUAAGACGACCGAUGGCCCCGCGAAUAGGGCUCCCAAGGCGAAGGAGGCUCCCCUCUCCAUGUCGCUGGCGGUUCUUCAGAAAUCUACUGCAACCGGCCCCGCUGGAACGUCCAAAAAGCCAUCGACCGGCUCCAGGGUUGACAACUCAACUACGAGUCGCCACCUUUCUUCCGAAAAGAAAGAGCGUAAUACCGAGAAGAAAGCAGUGCCGGCGUCCUCGACGACAUCGUCCAAGGAGCCGUCUUCCAAAACGGGCGGAAGGGCGAGGCUUGACGCGCACCAGAAGGACUUCAAGAAGCAAAGUCGCCACGAAGUGUCCGCUGGUAAGCCACCUAAGGCUGAGCGAAAGACGGAAGCUUCCACUGAGCAAGAUGACAGCGAGAAACCACGCACGUCCACGGCGACUAUUACAAGGAGGCCGCCAUCUGCGAGAAGAGCAGAAGCUAAACCAGAGACCUCACGAGAACAGCCGGACUAUAAGCUUAGCAACUCAAAACUAAACAAUUCCGAAAGUUAUUCCGUUCAAGCAGUCGAGAGAGAUACAACCGUAACAAAAGAUGCGCAUGAUACUGGAUCGAUCAUUCAAGAGAGAAAACGAAUACCAUCGGAAGCUGACGAGAGCUACAACUACGAUGAUGACUUCGAGGAUUACGAGUCUGACUUCGAGCAAGACGAUGACGAGUCGAAUGAGGAAGGUCAAGAAUCUAGCGACAACUCGGACCGGACCACUGGCCUCACUGAGAAUGUUGCGGAAGACAUAAGCUGCUCACACAAGUCUGACGAAGAUGCACAGAGGCAAGACCUUUCUCACUGGAAGUCGGAACCCGCGCUGGACGAGCGGAAAGAACCGGUCGAGGUGACCACUUCGUUUUCGGCCUACAACCUCUUCAACUUCGCUUCCGCAAAAAAGAAAGAAGAAAGCAAGAAAGUGCUGAGCAAAGUACAACAACGAGCGAAGGACGUUCUCGAGAUGGUAUCCCUGGAUGCGAUGACUUUCCAGGUGUUGGACAUUCCUCCAGCAAGCUACGAUGCGUACAUUGUCGCGUUUGGACGAGCAAACACUAAACAAGCAAUGACUCAGACGGACAACAUAAACGAAGAAGAAUGUCAGACGGACGUCAUAGAUGUAGUGGAAAAGUGGACUCAACACCCUGCGCAUGAUUACCGCGGUUUUGGAGGUGAAGUAACCGACUCAGCUACGGGCCAAAUACCGUCUGCAAGUAUCAGUGCUGACGCCAUGGACCUUUUCGAGUUCAUGCAGAAUUCUUCGACGCUGAUGCUACGCGUACUGGAAGAGGAGCUCUCCUUCACAAGUCAAAAGCACCUCCAACAGAACCCGGAUAUGAAGGACUUCAGUACAGGCUUCCAGACUCUGAACCCGCUUCCAUUCUUAAAAGGCUGUUCCCCCACCAUCGUGUGCUUUUCUCCGACAAGCUCAAACUACAUCAUUACCGGACAUAAGUUCUCAGAUGAGGCAAGGCAUGGAGAAGGAAAUAUGAACGACCUUCCUGGCCAAGGGAUCCUCUGUGUUUGGAAUCUCAGCGACAUCAGUCAACCUUCUGAACUCCUGGCCUCUCACACGCUGCCUACGUGCUGUCAGUGGUCGGCUUUCGACGUCACGACCGUUGUCUCUGGGUCGGCUGACGGCUCUCUCGAAUUAUGGGACCUAAGAGACAAGUUUUCUGUGUCGAAGAGGUUCGUCGCGAGUCCUGACCCUGACAGAGAAUACAAGUUGAAGCUGCCGGCGUACUCUACAGCCUCUAUUUUAAAAAGCAACUACCACCAGAGUCCUGUCGUUGCCCUCCACAACGUAGUUCAUAGCGAAACGUUGGGAGCAGGCGGGUCCACGGACAAGUAUCGGUUAUCGAAAGGGGGCUCCUUCAGCGUCCUCAGCCUGGACGAAGAAGGCGUCCUCAACAUCUGGGCCGUGGUCGAAACCAGGAGCGAGCGUCAGGGGUCCCAAACGGACUUGGGACUCGCUCCGCUCGCCAAGAUCGGACUGCUUCGCGCUGCCACCGUCCGGGUCCGAGACUGCCUACCCUCGAGCGACAGUGACUUUAUCGAUGGUUUAAGUACGUACGACUUCGAGUGUUCGCCCGCCCAUGCGAAUCGAGUGCUUGUGGCUACGGACCUCGGGUGCGUGCUUCAUUGCGAUCUUUACGGAGGCAAGACAUCUCCGAAGAUGUACCGCUCAAGGGACGAUAACACGCAAACAGAUGCCAAAUGCCUAUCUUGUUCUCCGCACCGCAUCCCAUUUUUUCUCGUAAGUCGAUGA